AUGAACCAAAGGAAAUAUGCAUUGGAGCUUGUAUCAGAAUGUGGAUUGGGUGGAGCAAAGCCUACUGAUUCACCUCUGGAUCAGAACUUAAAACUCACCAGUGUAGAAUAUGAUAAACAUUGUGAAGGGCAAACAAAUGAUGAGGAUCUGGAAGAUAGGAGAGUAUAUCAGAGAUUAAUUGGGAGGCUAUUAUACCUGGCAAUCACAAGACCUGACAUAUCUUUUGCAGUCCAAGUUCUAAGUCAGUUCAUGAAUGCUCCAAAACAAUCACACUAUGAAGCAGCUUUAAGGGUAGUGAGAUAUGUUAAAGGUUCACCAGGACCUGGACUGAUGAUGAGCAGCAAAACUAGUGGAAAAGUAGCUGCAUUUUGUGAUGCAGAUUGGGCAUCAUGCUCAAUGACCAGGAAGUCAGUCACAGGCUACUGCAUAAAACUGGGAGAUUCCAUUGUCUCAUGGAAAUCCAAGAAACAGAUUACUGUAUCAAGGAGUUCAGCAGAAGCUAAGUAUAGAAGCAUGGCCACUACUGUAGCUGAAUUGGUAUGGAUACAUGGAUUAUUAGAGGAAUUGGGAGUGAAAGUUGAUUUACCUAUGGAGCUUCAUUGUGACAACAAAGCAGCCCUACAAAUUGCAUCUAAUCCAAUGUAUCAUGAGCGCACAAAGCAUAUAGAAAUCGAUUGCCACUUUAUUAGAGAAAAAUUACAGCAAGGGUUGAUCAAGACAUCACAUGUUUCAAGCAGGAAUCAAAUAGCAGAUAUCCUGACUAAGGCACUAGGGAAACAAUUGCACAGUGAAAUGGUUGGCAAGUUGGGGAUGAUAAACAUCUUCUCACCACCCAACUUGAGGGGGAGUGUAGAAAUUAGUCAUAGCAAUGUCAAUCGACUUCAAUUCGAUCAGAAACCCCGUAACAUGAAGGCACCACUAGAUGGUGCAGAUAAACUUCCUAAAAUAAUUGUGUAUAUCUAG